UGGUGGGAACAGAUUUUUGAAAAAUGGGGAUAGUUUUCGAGAUAUGGGAUUUCAAAGUUUUAAUAAAAUUUGUUUUCGCAGUCGCAAAAAAAGAGUGCAUAAAAGAAAGAGAGACAGUUAGAGAACGAAAGAAAGGAAAAAUAGAAAGCUAAGUAGUUUUCACGCGUGCGUCAACAGGGUGGAAGUGCUGUGAAACCUUUUUGACCUUAUUCCAUUUUCAUUUUUUCUCUAAUUCUCUCUCCUCUCUCUCUUUUUUCUCCAAUCUUUUUUAAGAACAUUGAAAAAUUUUUAAAAAUAAAUUGAAAUUUUAAAAUUUUCGUUUAAUUAAAAUUUCAACAAUGAGGUUUUUCUCUUAUGAAGAUAUUGAUAUUCAUGACGAGGACGAUUUGUAUUGUUUAUGCUACUCAAUCAGAAUUAAUUAAAUACGAAAAUGACCAAAUCGACACCCUUUUAAAAAAUAUUGGAGUAAAUCCUGAUAAAUGGAAUUUAUUUAUUUAUAACGACAGCAACAAUCCAAACCAAGUUUAUAGUGGAACACAUUGGUCUUUAAUUAUUUUUAAUCCAAAUCAAAAGAAUUUUUUACUUUUUGACCCUGCAAGAGGCUUUGAAAAUUAUGAUAAUGUUAGUGAACCUGUUUAUUCGUUUGUUUCUAAAAUGACAAAUUAUUUAAAUUUAACAUCCAACCAACCAAUUAAAAGAUAUACUCAAACGCCGUUUAUGGAAAUUUCUGGUGAUUGUGGUAUUUAUAUAAUUGAAUAUUCGAGAAUUAUUUUUAAGCAUAUUUCUGGUGAUUAUAAAGUUGAUCAAGAUUUAUAUUUUAAAUUUGAUGGAUAUUUAAGAGAAGGAUUGAAAGGUGUUGAAAAAGCUCGUUUAGAAUGGCAAAAGACAAUCCUCACUUUGACUGAAAAAGAAAAGAGGAAAUUAUAA